AUGAGCUCUAGCAAUGACGCGGUGUUUCUGCGUCGCAACAACCAAAUCCAAGAUGCCAUUGACUCCCAGAACAUGAAACAGGCCUUGCAGUUGAUUGAGAAGCGUAUGAAGAAAGGCGAGAAUACGCAGUUUUUGAAGGCGAGUGAUCCUUGUUGUUGUUUAUUUCGAAUUUACCCGCGGCGACGCGCGAACAUCCUAUUCAGCCAUGCCGAUGAAACUCAUCGAAAGAAAGGCACCACAGAGACCCUCGACCUGUGCAACGCCGAUCCCCCAAUCUCGGAUCUAGACUCUCUCGACAUACUCCACCGUACGCUGCAGAAGAUGGAUGACCAUACCGAGCUUCGGAGCGCUAUAUGGGAACGAGCAGCUAAGGCAAAGCCGCAAGAUCACGCUCUUCAGAUGAGGUGGUUCAAGUUCGGAUAUGAGGCUGGUGACUGGAAGUCAGCCCAGAAAGCUGCCAUGAGUCUCCAAAAAAACUUUCCUCGGGAGCGAAAGUACUAUUUCUGGGCCAUUUUCCUCUGUUAUCUCGUUUCAGAUGACGCGGCGAGCUCGGACAUGGACCGCAAGUUGUUUGGGACACUUGCGUAUCGCUUUGCUCAGAAGGCAGUAGCCGAUGUUCCUUCUAACCCGAGUCGCUGGGUAGAGAUCGUGCAGGUUCUUGAUAGCGAGAAUGCUGGUCUCAAGUCUCGGAUUGUUAACAACGACAGGACUUUCAUGCUAGCCAAAGUCAUUAGCUUGGGGGCUGCCGAACUCUGGGAAGAAGGGCACUCAUACGUCAAAAGUCUGCUUACAGUGUCUGAAGACGAAGCAGAGCGCAGCACUCUGCAUGAGCGUGAUGAUUGGAAAUACUGGAACUUGCUCAUCUUAGCCGUGCGUCGUCUUGAAAACAACCCAGAGCUACUUUCAGACACGCAGCAGCAUAUCGAGAAGUUCAUCGAAUUCAGCCCAAAGUCCCGCAAUGCGCACAUCGCUCUCAUGGACAUAAUCCUAACCGGGUUUAAACGAGGCGAGCGGACAGAGGAUGAUCUGGUUGUUGCGUGCCAAAGAUACUUCGACCAACACAUGCACAAACUCUAUGCUUUCAAAGACUUACGAGGGGUUUUGGAGACCCGUGAUGACACUUUGAUUCACCGAGUAGCUCAACAUUGCAUGGACAGUGUCGAAGGGAAACCCGACGAUGCCAUUCCAUUGAUCAAUGCGUACAAGCUACAGUACUGCGACCGUAUUUCAGGCAAGAGCAACGCAUCCAAAUCUAUUAUUGAGACUCUUGUCCGCAAUUGCCUUUACUUUUACGAUGCAUUCACACUUUUGGCAAAGACCAAGGACUCAAAGAAAGAAAGCCAGCCAGAUACUGCUUCCGCAAUGGAAAGUCGGCCCACCGAUGACUUCUGCAUCGUUGCCGCCAUGGCUCUUCUUCAGCCCAGACCAGCUGACCGGGAAUCUAAAAAAGUCAGCAACACUGCCCUGAUUCGCGCCGCUGGGAUUCUGGAACACCUUCUAACCGACUCACCUCAUAACUACGAAGCGAUUCUUAUGUUGAUUCGCAUUUAUCUUCUUCUUGGCGCCGGCUCUAUUGCUUUGAGGUGGUUUGGCAAGCUGUCUGUCAAACAAAUGCAAUAUGAAAGUGUUGCUCAUAACCUUUUCACCCGUUUCGCCACCAUCCACCCUUAUCCCGCGCCUCCUAUCGAGGGCGGAGAGUACAAGGAUUUUGAACCGCAAGUGGCAUUCAUUGGCGCUCUUGACUUUUAUCGUAGUGCAAGCUUCACCAUCAAGAACUCUUUGAUAAAAGGUCUUGAUGAUGGGACUUACGUCAGUUUAGACGACACAAUCGAGCUUCAAAAACGUGUCGGGGACAGUAUCUGCAGGAGAAUGUGGGCCCUGGAAUUACGGCGGAUGCAAAGAAUCCGCAAAGGAAACCACUUGGCCCUUCAUGAGGAUAUUGCCCAGGAUACAUCGCCAGCUCGAGAUCAGCGGAAGUAUGAUGCUUUUAUGAAUUUGGAACGUUGUGAUCAAUCUCCAUUUGAGCACCGAUUGCGCGCAGGCCCUAUUCCCAGGGAAAACUGGUUGGCAUCCGCCCGACUCACUGAUCGACUUUUCAGUGUUCUUGAGAACAUCGGCAGUCAGAAGCCAGUCGUGUUGAAGCUAGAGCUGCCCGAAAUUGGCAAAUUGUCGCUCUCCCAGACCGAUGCUGACCAUACUGUCGCUGAGAUUGAAGCAACGAAGAUUCACGUAGAAUUGUUGAAAGUGGCUAUGUUUAUGGCUGGAUCCAAAGCCCAUACUUCUACCGAAAUUGAGACUUCUCUUGGCGAGGUAGAGGAUUGGUUGAAGGCUAAGAAAGAGGAUCUAGCUCUGAAAGACACUAAGAAGUCUUGUCUUAUCAUGAGAACGACCGUCGAGUUCACUCCAGGCACCCCAGGUGCACCGACAUGGGAAUAUUUCCAUGUCAUCUGGACCCUCGUGGAGACACUCAAGGCUCUGUGGAAUAUUUUCGAUCUGGAUUCCCGAAAGGCCGUCAAGACCGCUAAACUCCCUGCCGAACAAAUGAAGAGAUUGGAUACUCUUGUUCGUGAAGUUUUCGAGGAUAUCCGUUCGAACACCCGCAGUUUGAAACAAAGCCUUACUGAAUCAGCUACUCUCAGUACACUCAUCGACAUGGUCAAGCGUGGUGAUGCCACUGAUGAAUAUGAGAAGCCGCUCCAAGAUGUUUUGGAGAAAGCGUUGGAUGAAUCUGCACUCGAAUUGUUCUGUGGAGAGCUGAGGGAGAGCUGGGAGGAGGCACUCGACGGAGUGCUGGCUGCCAGGCUUUAA